AUCGCACACACAAGGGUGAGCACUGGUCGGUCGGCUUUGCUACGAAUGGCAAAGAAGUAGUGGCCUGUAGGGAAGAGAAUUUUAUUUUUUUUUCCUUCACCGCAAUCAAAUUUGUGAAGUGUAAGCUGUGGUGGUGCUGUGUGUCUCACACUUCAGUCCUCAGGAGUUCGGUUGCUUCCCAGAGGUCGAACUUUCGGUGAAAAAUAUAACCAUUUCGCCCCGAACGGUAGCGGAACGAAGCUGCAAAAUAGCAGGAGAAAAAACGGAUAGUGGGUGCGGUGACGAGAGAGGUGUUCAAGAAGCAGAAAUUGUUUUCUUUGCAUUGCAACGAUUUUCUUGUUUUUUUUGUGUGUGAUCCCUGCGCUGCACACUUCGUUCCAUAUUUCGGACGAGUUCCAAAUAAAGUCCGGAAAAUGAGCUACUCGGGAAGUGAUGAUCGGUGGGCUUUUGUUUGCUCCUGAGAGGCAGUGUGCCAGCCAGCGGAAGGCCAUUGGACGGUAGGAACCCAGCAAAAGAAUCAGCGGAAUAAUAGGAAAAAGUAUGAUAAUACGAACUGAGCGGAGAAGAGCGAAACGACGUCGACGAAGACAAUACUAUACAACUGGUCGGGAGCGGCUGGAAUCUAUUAUUAGUGGAGGAACAGAAUAGAAAGAGGAUUGGAUAUUUGCUAGACGAGCGGCAGUGGAUACGAACGAAGCAUAAUGGAUGUGAUGAAGUUGUUUUCCGACCUAGAGUCCAACAAUUCCGCGCUGGUAGACGAAGCCAAGAAGCGAUUCUCCGAGCUGUUUACGGCCACUCGCGAAUCAUGGUUCUCACACAAUUUGAUGGACUACUUUGGUCAGACAUCAUCGGCCCGGAUAGUAGAUGUUCUCGUGAAAGUUCAGCCUCCACACGAUAAAUUUAUUCUGGAUAAAUUGUCCGAAUGGAUCCGGCAUGGCUCUACCAGGAUGCUUGCUCUGACACUGUUUGGUCCGAUUAUUCAGAAAAGUCCAACCUGGCUUUACAAGGUCGGUAAUCAUCAGCUCGUGAAGGAACUACUUAAAAUGUCAAAGAUGGAGAAGGAAAUUAUUCCGUUGAUCAACGCGGUGCUGUGCAUUAUCGAUUUGUUGCCAGUGAUUCCUCUGGUUAUGGGUGGUUUCGUGAAUGACCUGUUCGAUAUUUUCAACUAUCUUGCUACGUUCGAUAGAAACACAUCGGUUAACUUACCGGAAGAUCAACUCAUCCACAUGCAGUUCGUGUUGUACGAAUUAUUCAACCGGUUGUACGGUAUGUACCCAUGUAAUUUCGUGACAUACUUGAAAAGCGAGUAUCGAGGCGAGAAACAGGCUGUUUUUCAGCACACAAUUAGACCACUGCUCGACACCGUCAAAAUUCAUCCUCGGUUGGUUUCAUCGGACAAAGACGUUGAAAUAAGUCAGCUACGCUGGAAAAACAUGGAACCCCACGAUGUGGUGAACGAAUGCGCCCGAAUGUCGUUAGAUUUCCUGGACAAAUCUCCGGAGGUACAUUCUAGCACGAGUACUGAUUGCCCCUGCUAUGUUCAGCCAUUGAAACCGGUAGAAUCCAGUGCGGUUGCUUCCAGAUUCGAUUCUCAGUUUAAGGCUAACGUAAAUUAUUUCAACACAAUGUCCACGGACCAAAAACUCAACAUCAUAGCGGCUCAGAAUACCUACUGGUCGCCGAGCAACAUGAUGCAACCUACGCCACCACCAGGAACGGUAACAAUCUCCCAAACGCCCAACCCGACACCGUGCUACACGAUCCCCUCGAUAUCGGGUCCCCAGUUGCCGGCACCUGACGGUGCUUCUCCACCGGAAGCAGCCGUUGAGGCUACCCCCGAAACUACACCGAUGAACCGGGACAUCGUGAAGCCAAUUCGGCCCUAUCCGGUACACUCGAGCACAGUACGGGCGAUGUGGACCAGCAGUCAGCCCUCGUCACCGAUCAAGAAGGAGGCGAGCCACUUCACGUACGAGAAAAAUGUGAUCACAUCCCAGAAGCUGCUGCGGAUGGUGAACGACCGGAACCACUCGGUGAUGCAGCUGUCGAACGCUUCGACCAACACCACGGCGACAUCCACGAGCAACAGUGUGCCUUCGAGUCCAUUGCCGAUCGAUCAGCCGGCAUUUGAAAUCAACCGGGUUUCUCAGCUGGUGUCGAAUCUUAAACUCACACCGGGUGGAACUGCCGGUGCCGCCCCCCGAUUGCACGAUCCGGCGCUGAUUAACCUGGCGGACUGCACCCAGGAGGAUCAGGAAGUGACGGACAUAAACAGGCACCUGCUGCAGGAACAGUACCUCCAUCAACCCCAGACGACGCAACAGCAGCUGCAUGUGCACUCCCAAUCGCUGCCAGUGCAUCCGAUGAAGGAAGCCUUCGAUGCGGAGGAUUUCGAACAGGAUGAAGGUUCGCCUUGUUCGGCCGGCGGGCUGCACUUCAAAAGUUCACAAUCGAUGAUCAACUUCACCCGGCAUCGCUAUCGGAUGCAUAGCCAGUGUCUGGUGGAUUCGGAUCCGAGCUAUAGCACUGGAACGUCUCCAGCGGAAACCAAUAGCUAUAUGAUGAGCAAUGGAGCUGGGAUAAGUGCUGCAGUGAGGGUUGGCUCGGGUGGUGGUGGUGGUGAUACAGUGAGGAAACGUCAGCGCAGACAUUCUCUGCCAGAUCUAAAGAAGUACGGUUUGAGGGUUGAUCCGAAGACGUUGCUUGCGGAACGGCAGGAUCUGAUGUCGAUCGACAUCAAUAGGGAUAGCAGUAGCGGAACGAGUCCGUCGGAGGAGGAAGCCAUUUCGGCGGCAACACACUUUCAUAAAAAGCAAGAGGAAAAGACUGAAGAGCACAUUCGCAGAAAUUUGGCACUGUUCCAGGAGAUUCGCAAAAAUUUAACCAAAGUGGGCGGCCAUCGAGUUAGCGGACAAAACGGUACGGCUGGUUCACAGAUGGUAAGCAGUGGCACCCAGACGAUCGAAAAUUAUCCGAAACCGUACGAACAAAUCGUGUACGGGAUUCUGCAGGAGGAGUUAAAGUACAAGGCAAACAUGGCGAUGAAGCGAAGCAGUGACAGCGGCGGUAAGAUGGAUCCCAACGUGAUGCUCGAUAAGUACAUUGAACUGUGUGUGAAAACGCGGAGAGAAAAUGGCGAUCCAAAACGGGUGGAAGAAUUGUAUAAGGAUCACAUCACGUUGCUGAAUUUGCAGCUGCAGUACGAGAAGCACCGACGGGAGAUACAUGCCGAGCGCAAUCGACGGUUGUUAGGCAAAAGCAGAGUGAUACGAGCUUUGGAGCAUGACAAUGAUAUGUUGAAAGAUCAGGUUUCUCGUCUGACGAAUGGAAUCAGUUUUCUGAAUAAUGAGUUGGCCGAGCUCAGGAGAAAGGCGAAUGCCGACUACGUGAGGAACGCGACGGAUGUGAUUGAUCUUAAGGAGCGACACGUUGCGGAGGUCCAAAAAAAUAUGGAUCUACAGGGGAGAAUUAAAGAACUGGAGGUGGCCUUAGCAGACCAGACACGGGUUAGGAAAGAGCAAACGACUGCACUUGAGCAGGCGCGUGGAGAGUUGUUCGAUAUCAAAAGCGAAAUGGAGCAAGCUUUGCACAAAGCGGAUUUGGGACAGCAAUAUCGCGAUGAAUUGACGAGGCUACAGUGCGAGCUCAUUUUGAUGGGAGAGAUUCAGCUCAAGUGCAAAGAACGAUUGUCCGAGUUGGAUCAUUUGAAGGCGAGAGAAGCCGAGAUUGCAAUGAUUCAGGAAACGUACAUGGAGGAAGUCAGAGAUCUAAAGUUCAGUUUGGAGAUGAAAUCGGCUCAGUUGGACUCGACCAGGGAAAGGUUGUUAGAGCUCGAGCAGCAACUACUCAAGCGGGAUGAAACCAUAACGCUACAGAAGCGGAUGUUGAAGACAGUCAAGGAGGAGCAUAAGGAGCAAUUCAAUGCCCUGGAGCGCAAAUAUCACGCACAAAAGGCGAUCGUGAUAAGAAUGGAGGAAUCCAUUCUUGAAUUGCGAGUCAAUAACGCUGCUCGAACGCCUGACUUCGACAGACCUGAUGCCGGUGGCUCGCUGGACCACACAUCACCAUUGUCGAUAUCGCUUGCUUCUAGUGAAGGUCUGUCGGAAAUCAGGAACUUAGCGCUGGUGGUACAGUCUGGUGGUAGCAACUCGAGUAAUCACGAGCUGGGAUCUAAUCUGCCAACGCCAACCAGUUUGGGAAGGAAUGACCACUCGAACGAAGGCAGCCCUAUUCCCGGACCAAGUCACCAUCGGCUAUGAACCAAGUUGUUUUAUAUGUUGGUAAUUUGUUUCACAACUGUCCCCCCCUCCCCCUUCGAAAUUUGCCUUUUGUCGCGAUUAACACACUAUCAGUCGCGAUUUCGGCCGGAAUUCCUUGACGCCAUGUGCCCCCCACCUGUGCGAGCGGACGUAAUAGUUUUCCUAUUUUGGUUUGUUAAACUGUUGAAUCGAUUAUUGUGUAGGUGGGAGUUACGUAGAAUAAAUUAGCCCAAUACGUCAACAUGCUGCCGUUCUACGUAUAGUUGUCCCAAAUUACUUUUUGCCAAUUUUCACUUUUUUUCAUGAAGUGAUGUUUUCAUAUCUAAUUUUCUGGAAGAACACAAAAAAAAGUUAUGUUUUGUUCCUAGCUUUUAAAAAAACAACAUCAAGCUCAAUUGUCCCAUGUUGAUAUUCUAGGCAUAACUGUCCCACCAUGUAUUUUCUGUAGAUCCAUAAUGAAUGAAUCGGUUCGAGUACAAGAAUUUUAUGUCACGCCUCUAAAAGGGCUAGUGCACUCAUUUCUGGCUAGGAAAAACGAACUAAUUCUCAAAGGCUUGACUGCCCCACCAUGAAUUUUUAAACCCGUAAUCAAGUUUGAUUCAUGUGAGAGGAGCUUUUCACACUUCAUUAGACAAUAGUUUAUUGCUUAUAAAAAAACCCGGUGUACUGUGAUUGCGUUUUUCUCAACGUUUUUCUGGAACAACGGAUAACUAUGCGUAUAACGGCAGUAUGUAACUCCGAAAAAAAAACGAAGGAACAGUAAAUUGUAUAGUUUUGUGUAGUUUGUCGCACUUGUCUGGGAAAUAAUCCAGAACAAAAUAUGUAAUAAAUUGUAAUGGAUCUUUGCUGUUCUUGGGGUAUACAGAGACAAAACAAGGAGAACAAAUUGACCCAAAAAGACUGUGUUAUGAUAUGGAUACGUUCCUAGCAGUAUUUCAUGUUAUUUAUUUCCGCUAAUGAUAGUUAAUUUAUUGCAAAUGAUGUUUUAACUUUACUUGUCCAAUUUUACAUUAUUUAACCGGUUCACUUUGGUUCCGAGUCCAGGGUUUCGAAAGAUUUGCUGCUGCCUGCCGGCUUACCACACUUUGCACCCAGGGGAAAUGACUGCUAGGAGCAUAUCUAGGGUAGCGACCGAAUGAUCGCUUUAAACAAAAUACGAAAUACAAUGAAAAAGUGUAAAUGUUGAAACAAAAAAAAAACAAACAAUUUGUUGAUGAUGAAGAGUUAGUGGCAAUGUGCAGAUGAGAUGAACACGAACGAGAGAUGAUAAGUAGAGGGCUAUUGUAAAUAGCUGAAUGCCACACAUACACACACAACACACAACUUUAGCUGCAACAGCAACUGUCGUCACUCAUCUUCGCUGCUAUUGCUGCUGCUGGGAGAGGAAAGUGCGUUUAGUGAGAAAGACCAAAACAAUAAAAAAAAGUCUAUUGAAUAAAA